AUUCAGUGAAUCCCCAUUGACCUGGAAAAAAAGGUCAACAUGGGUCUUUAUUCGGUACUAUUCCUCUCCACAUUUCUGGUUAUCGGAGCUUAUGGAGGCUGCACCAGAAACAUCAUCCCAGACCUCAGCUUCAAACUGACAGGUACCGAAUUGGCCUUCCCAUGUGAAAGCACCAAAAACAUCUACAAAACCACCGGCCGUUACGUCGCCAAAAAUGUCAUCGCCACCAGAAUGCAGAUCUACAAAGAUGAGGCUUUCGUAGCCCUCCCAAGAUACAAACACGGUGUGCCAUUCACCCUAGCCAAAUUCUGUCUGAAAACGAGAGGAUGCAAAGCUACCUUGAUCCCAUACCCUUGCUGGCCUCUGCAAGAAGAAGGCAACUGCGAAGCCUUCCAGAACGUCGUCGACUUGGCCAUCGAUCCCAUGGAUCACCUCUGGGUGUUGGACAUCGGUCUGGUCAACACCUUGGAACAGCCAGUGCGCCGUUGUUGCCCCAAAGUAGUAGGAAUCAACCUGAAAACUGGAUUGGUCGUCAAAGUCAUCAACUUGGAGUCCUUCGUCACCCCUGAAAGCCGCCUGCAAUACAUCGUCAUCGACUACUCCAAGGACGGUCGUCCGUUCGCCUACAUUGCUGACGGUGGUUCCGGUGCCAUCAUCGUCCUGGAUCUCCAACUAGGAACCGGCUUCCGCAUUGUUCUCCCAGCAGCAGUCAGCGGAGGUUCCUGUGGAGUGAAAGACGUUCUCUACGUCGCAUUAGCCAGGAAACCCUGCGGUAACGUCCUCUACUUCAGCUACUUGUCCUGCCCAAGGCUGUUCUCCAUCAAGGCCGAGUUCUUGCAGAAGGGCCAAGCCAACGGUGCAGUUAUCGACGUCGGUUGCAAGCCCUGUCACGGUAAAAUCGUACUUCUGGGUACUGACAACGGCGCUGCCCUGUUCUUCAGAUAUAAAGGUGAAUCUGAUAUUUUCAUCUGGAACAGUGAAACUGCCUUCAAGCAAGAGAACUUCCUUCUGGUCCAGAAGGGUGAUGACUGCAGACUUGCCACCCAAGUUGUUGCAGGAUACAAGAAACUUAUGUGGGCUAUUGAGAGCAACUUCCAUGAUUAUGUUUGUAAUACUGAUGGAUGUCUUGGACCUUCCAUGGCUGUUCAUCCUCUUAUCAAGACCUGCGAUUAAGAGUAUUAUUUGCUGAUGGAAUAAUACGAAUUUAUCUGUGAUCCUGUGUAAUAUUUGCACUGUUAUAUUAUAUACAAUAAAUAGUUUUAGU